CAAAAUUCAAAAGGGAUCUUUCAAGCUGCCGUUUUGGCCGUUGGAAGAUUUUCCGUUCCAAAGAACAGAAAAUCCAUCAGCACCAGCCUUGUUGUCCACUUGCUCCAAACCAUAGCAACAUAUUAGCAAUUAGUAGGAUCUUAAUAAAGACAACCAUGAUGAUCAAGUUCCUUGCUACUCUAGCUCUUGCUCUGGCACCCACGGGGUUUGCCUUUGUGGCGCCCACUGGCAAGGCUCCAUCCAUCAAGCCCAAGAGUUCCAUUAACGACCAAGAUCCCGUCUUUCCAAAUGAAAAAAAGGACGACAAAUUCGACAUGGACAAUAUCCUCGCCAACGUCCCCGAAGUCAGCUUUUCCUUUGACAUUGAAACUAUCAAGGAUAACUUGAUGGAUGGAACCGUCGGGGAACGUGGAGAAGCUUUUGCGGCCGCUCAGUUUGCCCUCCUUGGAUGCAUUGUGUUUGGUGGUAUUCCCUUUGUCGGAGACUAUAUGAUGAUCCUAUUGGGACCUUGUCUCAUGCUGGCGGGAGUACUGUCCAUCAUAUUGUCCAUUAGUGAUUUGGGAAGUAACAAUCUCAGUCCCUGGGUCGUACCAUCCAAAGAUGGACAACUCGUACAGGAUGGAAUAUUCUCCAAACUUCGUCACCCACAAUAUGCCGGAUUCUUGGCGGCCAUGGCUGGAUUCAGUAUCGUCACGGGGUCGGCCAGUCGACUCCUAUUGACGGCAUUUCUAUACUAUGUACUCAGUGAAAUGGUCGAAAAUGAAGAGAAGGAACUAUCCAAAAAAUUCCCCGAAUACGAAGACUACAAAAAGAAGGUUCCAGGAAAGUUUUUCCCCGAUGAAAUUGCACAGCAGCUUCCCUGGAAUCAAGAGUAAUUAACUUAGAGUGAGUAGCAAAUAAGUGACAAAGCAUGGUUGGUUUUUGGAGCUCCAAGAAAGAAGAACGAACAUUGCGGGGCUCCACAAGUACUAGUACCGUAUACAUACAACACACAGUGCAGUACGUCGCUCUCAUGACUGGCACGCCGACAAUAUCACGACUAAUCAGCUUGUACCAAUAGAGCAUUCCACACGGCGUGUGCAAACAUUUACAAAAACAGUUGUAGUAAAAAAUAAACGAGCCAGCUAACGAUG